GUGCGUUCGUUGCCAUGGUUACUGAAACGCCAGCCUCGCGCGCGUCAUCACUUCAAAGACCACCUUCAGAGUGAUCGUCUCCCCUCAGCCAUUGUUUACCAAGAGAAAAGGAAAAGGGCCCCGGAGAAGGAGCACGAGCCGCGGUUGGCGCGCCCCCCGUUCCCGAAAAUGCCCCCACCACUGCGGCUUCACCCGCCCGCCGUUCACGCCCGCUUUACCACGCCGUCCCCAGCGUCGUUCGUCCAUUGGGCCGAGUUAAGGGAAGGGAAUUGAAGAAACAGGUGCAUGCUUGCCGAUUUGGCCACCCUCGAUUUUGGCGCACUGAGAACGAGCAGGUAGCAGGUCGGCUGUGACAGUUUCGAAGGCGUCAUCGAAAUUCUGUGCAACGUGGCUGGUAGACAGCACCUUGCAUGACGGACUGCGUCUCCUCUGCAGCGGCUGAACUCAGCGGAACACCGGCCGCAUCAGACCGGGCGUUCGGCUCGGUCAUGUGAUCAGACUCCCGCCUUUCUCUCGCCGUCCUUCAAAAAGGUGCCGUGAGCCAGGUCUUUAGUUACCGGGAGAGAUGACUCAGAACUCUGUGGCGGGGUCGCCCGCCCCAGCGGACUCCCAGGAGGAGUGGGAGAAGUGCCAGCAGCCUUCCCAGAAUCCCCUGCAGGAGGGCCAUGGUGCUCGCUGGGAAAGGCUGUGGAGGACUGGGGCGAUUGCCGGUUGCUUCCUCUGCCUUUGCGUUGUCUCGCAGAUCACGGGCGUCUGGGUUGUCUACAUGCUGAAUGGAUAUGGAGCUUUCCCCGCAGCACAUAAGGUCCUGGACCUCAUGCAUUACAUUCUAUCACCACUGGGGACAUAUAAUACACUGGAGGAGGAGACGUCCCAGUCCAUGCAGAGGGAGCUCUGGAGAAUGGAGAGUUUGUGCCCUCUGCUGGCCACUCUCUUCCUUGGCAUCGUCAUAAUGGGCAUCGGGGUCCUGUACUGUCUGAAAACGCUGGCUCCUAGCACCUGCCCCGCCUUCCCUGAAGACCGACGGCAGUCCAUGAGCCGCCAGCCCUCCUUCACCUACUCAGAGUGGACCGACGCCAAGCAGGAGGACUUCUUCGACAUGGACCCCGUGCCUGAGACCCCCGUCUUCGACUGCUUCAUGGACAUAAAGGCGGAGACCGACCCCGCUACACUUACUGUCAAACCUGUGGGCCUGCAAGAAAGGAGGGGCUCCAACGUGUCUCUGACGCUGGACAUGUGCACGCCCGGCUGCACCGAGCCCUACGGGGCAAUGCUGUCGCCGCGGGAACAGUCGGCAAGGGAAUACCUGCAAACAGCCUCCAAUGUGCUGACGGCUGCCCAGCUGCACGGCCGCGCCCUUGAUGACGCCUCCCUGCAGGCCGAGUUCUACGAGACUCCUAUGAACUUUGUGGACCCAAAGGAAUACAACUUUCCCGGAGUGGUGAGGAAGAAUCGAUACAAGACCAUCCUUCCUAAUACGCACAGCAGAGUUUGCCUUAAAGCUACAGACGAAGAUGACUUCCUCAGCACCUACAUCAACGCUAAUUACAUGAGGGGCUACGGUGGUGAGGAGAAGGCAUACAUAGCCACCCAGGGCCCUACAGUCAACACGGUGGGUGACUUCUGGAGGAUGGUGUGGCAGGAGAGGUCGUCCAUCAUUGUUAUGAUCACCAACAUUGAGGAAAAGAAUGAGAAAUGCACAGAGUACUGGCCAGAGGAUACUGCAACCUAUGAGGGGAUUGAGGUCACUGUCAACCAAGUGAUCCAGGCAGAUGACUACAGCCUGCGUAUCUUUACUGUGAAGUGUGAUGGUGAGGAACGCAGCCUCAGGCAGUACUGGUACACAUCAUGGCCGGACCAGAAAACCCCAGACAAAGCCCCGCCCCUGCUGGAGCUGGUGCAGGAAGUGGAGGAGGCGCGGCAGCAGGCCCCACCCUGGAGUGGUCCCGUUAUUGUCCACUGCAGUGCAGGGAUUGGUCGGACUGGUUGUUUCAUCGCCACCACCAUCCUCUGCAAACAGCUGAAGAAUGAAGGUGUGGUCGACAUCCUGAGGACCACCUGUCAGCUGCGUCUAGACAGGGGAGGCAUGAUCCAGACAGCAGAACAGUACCAGUUUGUUCACCAUGUCCUCAGUCUCUAUGACAGACAGCUCUCCCGUCCAAAAGAAGAAUAGAAAUCUGCAAGUCCCCUCUCAGAGAAAAAAAGAAACACGAUUUAACAAGAGAGGCAUCUGACCUGACACCACAAAUCCCGAUCCUCAGUCUACCAUCGUACACUCUCUCCACAGCUGUCUAAAUCGCAGUGAUGCCGAAAUCCAUCUCAGCAAAGUGUCCAAGAGAAAACAAGGUCCAGAAACCACUGCUCUACAUGACAUGCUCAGUAUCCACAGAACCAGUCAUCCGGGCACAUUCAGUAUGGUGAAGGCUUGAUGGGUCUGAAGUUAAAGCACAAAACCACUGUAGGGCUGGCUUUGAUUGUAAGCCAGGCAUAUAACUGCCAGCCCUAUACCGAAGAACAUCUAAGCCUGUCUACAGGAUUGCAAGCCUGUUUCGAUUUCAAUGGAUUCAGCACCUGAGUGACAAGUCAGCACCAGACUGAUUCAGGUGACUUUUGGACUGUUCUCAGAGGAAGGCCUUUUCUUCACUUGACUGCAAUGGAGUUAACAAAGGAUUUAGACCAUCACUGUCAUUGUUUUGGAGACAUUGCAGCCAGAAUCAGUCACAGACGCCUGCUCAUCCUCACCAGUGGAGAAAGGACAGGGGAGAGAAGAACCUGUCAUUGACCUAAGUUGAAUAUUUUGGUAUAAAGAGACAGAAAGCAAUGUCUCCAAACUUCAUGAGCAGUACAUUUCCACUCAACAUAGAUGUCAGGGCAUACCGGGACCUCAGACUCAACCACGUAUUGGAGAAAUCUGUCCUUCAGUUCUGUGUGUUAUAUUUCUGCCUGAAUGAGUCUGUGGAUGUGUGUUUGGUUGUGGAUGUGUGUAUGUAUGUGUGCAUGUAUGUUUGUGUGUAUGUGUUUGUAUGAGUAUGUCUGUCUGUGUAUAAGCUUCUGACUGCUGUUUGCUUCAAAAGGGCAAUGUAUAUUAGACGCAAAAUAAAAAAAGCCAAAACAUGAAUUUCAUUUACAACUGAUAAUAGAAUGGUUAGUGACAUGAAACGUGGAAUGGGAUUUCUUCAUGCACAGUGUAACUAAAGGGACAGUUGCAUCGAGUCAUUGUUAAAUUUCAUGUCACAUACAUUGCCCUUUUUACACAGUAGAAUGUGUAACGUGCGCAGCGUGUGAAAUGAUGCACUGGCUGGGGGUGAAAUUUAGUUUAUGGGGUCUCUCAGACUUGCAGAAUGUGUUUCCCUCUCCACGGUCAGGGUUACUAUGUCUCCUGCUGCUGCUGCUGACCACUAGCUCUUUGAGCGCUGACGCUCUGCAGCAAGCCGGGUCUCAAGGGAAAGGUUAACCGAGCACAUGACUUUAUACGAAAUGGCCUUACUCAGUGUCUGUCCUUUCUGUUCUGCUCCGGGGGGGUGCUGCAGGGCACGAAUUCGCUGAACGUCCAUUUACCUCCAGUUUACUCCAGCCAAAGCAGGAGUUUGGGUGCCCGUUCUAUCCUGACCCUCCCCUGACUGCAGUUAUCUUUCCCCCAAAUAGUUAGCCAGUAGGGCAGAGCUUUCAGGACUCCUGACUGGUCUGAUUACAGUCCUUGCAGCUCUGAUCAUUGGUCAAGGCUAUGAGUUUUCCUUCCUCUCCUUUAAGGGGAUGUAAGUCCUUGCCGUAAAUGCAAAUGUGGAACAGAUUGGCCAGCAAGUCAGGAGAGCUGAAGAUCAGCCUCAUUGAUGACUUGUAUGGGGUGAAAACUUUACCCCCUGGUCUAACUGACUAGGGUGUCAAUAGAGUUGCUUUUAAGACUUGAUGUAACCAGAAACACGUGGUAUCUGAUAGUGUUGUCUGUCCAUACAUGAUCAGUAGAGGAGAAGACUCUAGCUCAUAGUCCAGGCUGAACAGUGCUCUGUGAAGGAUUUUUCACAGGGACCCACAGUGUCUCAAUUAACACCAGUAAAGAAAUAUUGCAUGUUUGUAUGUAUGUUUUUUGAUGUUCCUCUGGACUCUUGAAUAUUCAAGAUGCUGCAUCUCAAGUUUUUUAGGAGAUCAAAAUGCCGCUAUACUGUAAACUACUAUAUCCCAUGUAAAUAUUUCCCCACCCCCAUCUCUGGUAGUAGUAUAAAACAAGUGACAUAUUUGAUGGGGAAAUCAUUGACUGCAUUUCCACAGCUACUCUGUCUUGGGAGGUUACUUAUCUGUGUCUUGUUUUGUUGUCUUGACUUGGACAUUAUUCUGAGCCAAACUGUUAGUCCAGUUUAGUUUCUUGUUGGGUGUAUAAUUUGCAGCAAAAGAAAAUGGUAGCCUCAAUCUAGACAGGUGUUCCCUCAGACAAUCUGUCAGCUUUGCUUAGUUUGUUUUCGGCUGGCGUAAGAACAAUUGGGAGUAUAUUCUGAGCUUUGCGCAAACCCAUUUCUGUGGCUGUUCCAUCGCUACUUUUGUGUUUCCAGUGAAAUAUGGCCCAAUUAUUAUCGAUCCAUAAUCAAAGACAUCAAUCUCCUGUGGGCCAAUAUCGUUGAAUAGUUAUAUGCUGCUUGACAAGCAAAGGAAAAAGCUAUAGGUUUCCAUGUUCCAGGUCACUA